CCUAGCGGCGGCUGGUUGCGCCCCGACUCGGGUGAUCUGGCGCAGAACCCAGAGGGUGGUUGGCGCUCGGCGGGCUCCUCCCCGUUUGCUGCGGCCUCUGAGCUCGGCGCUAUCCUGUGGCCCUCCCGCAGAAUGUGGAUGACGCCCAAGAGGAUUAGGAUGGAAGUCGACGAGGCUCUGGUGUUCCGGCCCGAGUGGACCCAGCGUUACCUGGUGGUGGAGCCUGCGGAGGGCGACGGGGCCCUGUGCCUGGUGUGUCGCCGCCUGGUCGCCUCUACCCGGGAACGCGACGUGAGGCGCCACUACGAGGCCGAACAUGAAUUCUACGAACGGUUUGUAGGGGACGAGGAACGCGCGGCCCUGGUGGAGCGCCUGCGGCAGGGCGACAUGUCGUUGGCCGCCGUGCUCACCCCGGAGGAGCGAGCGACCCGGGCAGGCCUCGGCCUCUGCCGCUUCUUGGCCUUGAAGGGUCGCGGCUGGGGCGAGGGAGACUUCGUACACCAGUGCAUGGAGGUGCUGCUGAGGGAGGUGCUGCCCGAUCACGUCGGCGUCCUGGAAGGCAUUGAUUUAUCUCCAGAGAUCACACGGCAGAGGAUUCUGAGCAUUGACAGCAAUCUCCGUAGCCAGCUGUUUAACCGAGCCAGGGACUUCAAGGCCUAUUCCCUAGCUUUGGAUGACCAGGCUUUUGUGGCCUAUGAGAACUACCUCCUGGUCUUCAUCCGUGGCGUCGGCCGCGACCUGGGGGUACAAGAAGAUCUUCUGACCAUCGUCAACCUGACUCAUCACUUCAGUGUUGGGGCUCUCAUGUCGGCCAUUCUGGAGGCCUUGCAGACAGCAGGCCUCAGCUUACAGCGAAUGGUUGGACUGACCACUACCCACACUUUAAGGAUGAUCGGUGAGAACUCCGGUCUGGUCUCCUACAUGAGAGAAAAGGCUGUGAGCCCCAACUGCUGGAACGUUAUCCACUAUUCGGGAUUUCUUCACCUGGAACUCUUGAGCUCUUACGAUGUUGAUAUUAAUCAGAUUGUAAACACCAUAUCUGAGUGGGUGGUUAUGAUUAAGACCAGAGGUGUGAGGCGACCAGAGUUUCAGUCGUUACUAACUGAGUCUGAAUCAGAGCAUGGCGAAAGAGUUAACGGACGAUGCUUGAACAACUGGCUGAGAAGAGGCAAAACGUUAAAACUGAUAUUUUCACUAAGAAAAGAAAUAGAGGCCUUUUUGGUUUCAGUGGGGGCAACAACUGUCCACUUCUCAGACAAGCAGUGGCUUUGUGAUUUUGGCUUCUUGGUAGAUAUUAUGGAUUACCUUCGAGAGAUCAGCGAAGAGCUACAGAUCAGUAAGGUGUUUGCUGCCGCCGCCUUUGAACGCAUCUGCACCUUCGAGGAUAAGCUGAGCUCGCUUCAGAGACAUAUGGAGGAAGUAAACCUAACAGACUUCCCUGCCUUCGGCAUCAUCGUUGACGAGCUUAAACAGCAGUUUAAGGAAGAUCAAAAGAUAUUUGAUCCUGACAGGUAUCAAAUGGUGAUCUCCCGCCUACAAAAAGAUUUCGAGAGACACUUUAAAGAUCUCAGGUUCAUUAAGAAGGACUUGGAACUUUUCUCAAAUCCAUUUAGCUUUAAACCUGAAUACGCGCCUAUUUCAGUAAGAGUGGAGCUAACAAAACUUCAGGCGAACACUGACCUGUGGAAUGAGUACAGAGUCAAAGACUUGGGGCAGUUUUAUGCUGGACUGUCUGGGGAGGCCUACCCAAUCAUCAAAGGCGUUGCCUAUAAGGUGGCUUCCUUGUUUGAUAGUAACCAGAUCUGUGACAAGGCUUUUGCGUAUUUAACUCGGAACCAGCACACGCUGAGCCAGCCACUGACCGAUGAGCAUCUGCAAGCACUCUUUCGAGUCGCCACAACCGAAAUGGAUCCUCGUUGGGAUGACCUUGUGAGAGAAAGAAAUGAUUCCUAAGCCUUUUGUAGUACAAGAAGAAUUCAACUUGAAAAGGGAAAACUAGUUUGAUUUUUCUUUCACAGUUACUCUAAUUUGGAUGGUUGAAAAGCAUUGAACUUGCUAUAGAUGUCCAAUUUGAUAAACAUUGGAACCUUUUUGACAAGUUGCCUUUCCCCAUCUCGUUUGGCAACAUGGGACUGAAGCAUAAGAAUACCACCUUUAAAAAACUUAGUUUAAUGGAAAAGUCGUUGCCUUUUAUGUUAUAACUGAUUUUCAACAAGUUUAGUAUUGGUGUUGUAAGUUGAGCUAGAAGUCUGGUUUUAAGGUGUUCUGAAGAUAUAUGCCAAAAGUUUCAGCUCGUUCUUUGAUACAGAGUAAAAAGUGUGAUACAUGGUUUGAAAUGACCAACUCCUUAAAAGUGUGUUUGUGUCAGUUUACAGAAACUCAUAUAUCAAAUCAAGUUUCUAAAAAGAAAAAAAAACAUACACAGUGGAGGUAUUUUGUCUAGCUAACAACAUUUAAGAUUCCUUAAGGUGUAUUUCUGAGUCUGAAGUAAAUACUGGCAGUUUCAGCCCCCAUCCCUCACCUACCCAGUUGAUGGUGACUUUAGGGAUGGAGGAAGUAAUCAAAAAAUGUGGUCGGAGCAGCAAGAAGUAUUUUAAGAUUCUGAUUUAGGAGGCUUCUUACUCUCAGGAAUUAAGAACGGCCGAUUAUUGGUGGUUUGCUCCUUGUUUC